AUGUUUCAAAUCUUCGAUAUCACAUCCAUAUUCGAUGAAACAAUGAUAUUCCCUCAAUACCCGUCUCUGAAUUAUCACAAAUUCACGAUCCUUGUAUGAUCAAACGGCUUGCGAAUGAAUUUUUUAAUUAAACAACAAAGAGUUGUGAUACAGAACCAACAUGGUGAGAAGCUUGUGGGCAUAUCCCAUGAAACAGGCUCCAAGGAGCUUGUGAUCUUAUGCCAUGGAUUUCGAUCCUCGAAGGAGCGCAUUCCUAUGGUGAACCUUGCUGCUGCUUUGGGAAAAGAAGGAAUCAGUGCCUUCCGCUUUGACUUUGCAGGAAACGGGGAAAGUGAAGGUUCAUUUCAGUAUGGUAACUACCGUAGGGAAGCUGGUGAUUUACGUGCUGUAGUACAACACUUUUAUGGGGAAAAACGUGUAAUUAUUGCACUUGUUGGACAUAGUAAAGGAGGAAAUGUGGUGCUGUUGUAUGCUUCAAAAUAUAAUGAUGUCCAUACCAUUGUGAACAUUUCUGGCCGCUUUUAUCUGGAGAGAGGCAUUAAAGGUCGUUUAGGUCAAGAUUUUUUACAAAGAAUCAAGCAAAAUGGAUUUAUUGAUGUUAAGAAUAAAGGGGGGAAGUUUCAGUAUCGUGUGACUGAAGAAAGUUUGAUGGACCGUCUAACUACGGAUACUCAUGCAACAUGCCUCUUGAUUCAAAAGGAUUGCAGAGUGUUUACGGUUCAUGGUUCCUGUGAUGAAAUGGUGCCAGUGGAAGAUGCUUUGGCGUUCGCCAAGAUCAUACCCAAUCACAAGCUACACAUUAUAGAAGGGGCUGAUCAUGAGUUCACUUCACACCAAGAUGAAUUAGCUUCAGUUGUCCUGGACUUUGUAAGAUCAUAUCCACCCUGCAGCAAAGGUAUAUCUGAGCAGUUACCACAAUCAUGCAUAAGAGCAGAUAAUUCUACCCGUUCGCGUCUCUGAUUGUCAGCCUGCAGAUUGAAGAAGCAACUGAGCGAUGAUGACGAAAUCAGAACUAAAUUGUUUGGGGUCAUAGACCUGAUAUUGCAAAUUGAGCUCUUCUAAUUCCACCCAUAUGGAGAAACAAGUUUGGCUCUCUUCUACCUAUAACAUGAUUAUUGAUUCAUAGGCUAUUGUUGAGAUUAUAAGAUAACAAAAGUUUAUAGUUACUGGAGAGCUUCUGUAUGGUUUCUUACAUUUAACUCAACAAGGAAACUGACUCCUGUAUUUAAUUAAUUUUAUGUAAUUUCCAUGCAAUGGAAAUCCAAUUUGUUGGUUAAAACUGUAUGUGGAUGAGAACUGAUUUGUUAAAUUAUACCUGUUGAGGUGUAACAAUGCCUUUUUUAAGUCA